GACAAGAAAAGAAAUUAAUCAAAUAAAUAAAUAAAUAAGAGAUUUGGAAGAGAAUUGCCGAUGUCGUGCACGCUAGCGAUCGCGAGUUCGCCGGUGUUUUCACCGGAAUCCCUAUCUUUGAACCCGAGCUCUUCCUCCGCGUCGCCCUUCUCCUGCUCAUCAUCUCCCCCCUUCCGGUCCCGGUUCCAGAGAGCCGCCAUCCCGCUGCUGGCGAACAGCGACGGGUUCGGAGCUGCGGCAUCUCCAUCUCCGCCCCCGCCCCUGCUUCCGUUGGGAUCGAGCGGUUCCCGUUCCGUCCUGAAGAGGAAGCGACCGGUGCGGAUUGAUAUUCCGUCGGCCGAGGCGUUGCCUUUCGAGACAGAGGCGGCGGAUGGCAGGAAGGAAGUGGCGGCGGAGAGCGCGAGGUAUUCGGUGUAUUGCAAGAAGGGGAGGAAGCGGUUGGAGAUGGAAGAUCGGCAUAAGGUGUCGCUGGACGUCAAUGGGGAUCCCAAACUGGCUUUCUUUGGCAUUUUUGACGGCCACGGAGGCAAGAAAGCGGCGGAGUUUGCUUCAGAGAAGCUGGACGAGUUCAUCGUAGAGGAAAUGUCGACGACCGCCGGAGCAGUGUCCAGCGGCAUCGAAGAAAUCGUCCGAACUGGAUACUCGAAAACCGACGCCGAGUUCUUAAAGGAGCAAGCCGACGGAGGCGCUUGCUGCGUCACCGCGUUGGUUAGGGACGGCGAUCUCAUCGUCUCCAACGCCGGGGAUUGCCGUGCUGUCUUAAGCCGAGCCGGAAAAGCUGAAGCCCUGACUUCCGAUCACCGGCCCUCUCGUGAAGAUGAAAGGGACAGAAUUGAGAACCUCGGCGGCUACGUCGAUUACCGCCGAGGAACUUGGAGAUUACAAGGUUCCCUCGCGAUUUCCAGAGGGAUCGGGGAUUCCCAUCUCAAGCAAUGGGUGAUACCGGUGCCGGAGACUAAAGUGAUCGGAAUCGAUGCUGAAUGCGAGUUCUUAAUUCUCGCAACUGACGGACUGUGGGAUAAGGUUAGCAAUCAGGAGGCAGUAGAUCUUGCUCGGCCAAUGUGUGUGAAUGCAGAUAAUAAUGCAUCGACAUUGUCUGCUUGUAAAAAGCUUGUGGAACUGUCUGCUGAUCGACGCUCCAUGGAUGAUAUAAGCGUGAUGAUAGUGAAGCUGCAGCAUUUUGUUUGAAGACAUUGCUAAUCCAGACAAAAAAAAAUGGAACAAAUAGUUGUCUAAUUGUGUGCUGCAAGUAAAUUUUUUAUGAACUUGUGGCCCUCUAGAUUUUCUGAUUUACAUUCUUUUGUUUUUCUAAGAACACUGCACUUGGUGUUUAAAAAGGUAAAUUACCAUGGAAAAAAAGGCACCUUUUAUUUUUAGAUUCA